CGAGCGCACCGUCCGUCAUAAGUGAGAGCAGUGCAUGGUUUAGGUCGCUUGGUUUGCUACAGUCGGUUUGCUUGGCAACCAGGACAAUAACGUGCAACAAACAGGAUCCAUAUCAGCACCAUUGACAGAAGAAACGAAUUAUUUGUUUGAUAUGCCCUUCCAAAACUGAAAUCCGUCGCAGCGAAAAAUCUUUGUUUGCAAGUGUGCGUUUGUCGAAUUCAUGUAGAGCGUCAUCGUAGGCUACCAGGAGGAAUAGACAGCUUGUAGGCAUCUACUCUCUCUUUCUCUACAGGCACCCAAACUGACAGGUGGACAGACAGACAGUUACUAUGACAGUGGAAGAGACCAUCAACAUCAAGGAGGUGGAGGUGAUCAAGCUCAUGUUGGACUUCCUCAACUCCCGGAAACUGCACAUCAGCAUGCUGGCCUUAGAGAAGGAGAGUGGCGUGAUCAACGGCCUCUAUUCGGAUGACAUGCUUUUCCUCAGACAGCUGAUACUAGACGGCCAAUGGGAGGAGAUCCUACAGUUUAUUCAACCAUUGGAAGGAAUGGAUAAGUUUAAUAAGAAAAGGUUUCGUUAUAUUAUUUUGAAGCAGAGGUUUCUGGAAGCUCUGUGUGUCAAUAACGCCAUGUCAGCUGCCGAAGACCAUCAGAAUCUGGAGCUGACUAUGCAGGAGGCCGUCAAAUGUCUUCACAGCCUGGAGGAGUUCUGUCCUACCAAAGACGACUACAGCAAACUGUGCCUGCUGCUCACCCUGCCACGCCUCACCCACCAUGCAGAGUUCAAGGACUGGAACCCUAGUACGGCUCGCGUCCACUGCUUUGAAGAGAUUUGCGCCAUGGUGGCCGAGUUCAUCCCCGCAGACAGGAAACUGAGCGAGGCAGGGUUCAGGGCCAGUGGAAACCGUCUCUUCCAGCUGCUCAUUAAGGGGAUCCUCUAUGAGUGCUGCGUGGAGUACUGUCAGAGUAAAGCCACAGGGGAGGAGAUCACAGAGGGCGAGGUGCUCCUGGGGGUGGAUGUUCUGAGCGGUAACGGCUGUGACGAGGUGGACCUCUCCCUGCUCUCCUGGCUCCAGAACCUCUCCCCCGGGGCCUUCUCCUGUUCCUUUCAGCAGAAGACCCUCAGCAUCCACGUGGACCGCCUGGUCAAGCCCCCCAAAGCUGGCCACGCUGACCUCCUUUCUCCCCUCAUCAACCGCCUCUCCCCGUGCCCCUCUACUCCCCUAUGCCAGCGACCCCUGUCUGCAGACACCUACAUGUCCCGCUCCCUGAACCCAGCCCUGGACGGUCUCUCCCACGGGCUGGCGGCCCAGGAUAAGAGGGGAAUGGAUGGCAGCGUCAGGCCCUGUCUGAGCCGUAGCCUUGUGGAGAAUGACCUCCACCAGGGGGAGGACUCCCCAGAGAGAAAGCAGCCACAGGGUUUGAAUGGGCCCAGCGCAGUGCGUACUCCGUUGGCCCCUGGGAUGGACGGUGGGCCACCCUGUAGCACCGAAAGAAAUGAGCGCGAGUCUACUGAGCAGGUGCAGGAGUACUACCGUCAGCGUCUGCGUGUGCAGCAGCACCUGGAGACCAAGCAGCAGCAAAGACAGCUCUACCAGCAGAUGCUACUGGAGGGGGGGGUCAAGCCUCAGGAGGGAGCUCAAGUCCAGCACAACCUCACCCAGACGUUCCUCAACAGGUCCAUCCAGAAGCUGGAGGAGAUGAACGUGGGUAUGGACAACCUGGGUGAGGAGGUACAGAGUCUCACCCAGCAAUGCAACGGAGUGACGGGGAAACCUGCCGCAACCCCCACACCCCUCAUCAUCCCCACCCCACCCAGCAGCACCAAGACCCCAGAGACAGGCUGUCUCAGAGACAGGCCUGGGGGGGGCAGCAGCAGUACCCCGUUGAAGGCUGUGGUACUCGGUUUGCUGUCCCCAGAAGUGUCCCCUGUUACCCUCACUGAAAGUGCUCAGAGGCUCAGAGCCAACUUGCCGACAGUCGAAGAUGAUUCAGGCUGUCCCACCAUGCGCAAGUCACAAGAGGACAGGAAGCCCAAGUCGCAGUUUGUGGCCGUGAACAGUCUAGAAGACACUCAGGCUGUGCGCGCUGUCGCUUUCCAUCCAACAGGGGCCCUCUACGCAGUUGGCUCCAACUCUAAAACCCUGCAGGUCUGUGCCUACCCGGAAAUCCUAAACACCAAUGUUUCAGGGCCGGCCAAGCAACCAGUUGUACGUUUCCGAAGGAACAAGCACCAUAAGGGCUCAAUCUACUGUGUAGCGUGGAGCCACUGUGGCCAACUGCUGGCCACUGGCUCCAAUGAUAAAUAUGUUAAGGUGCUUCCUUUUAACGCUGACACCUGCAACGCCACAGGCCCAGAUUUGGAAUUCAGUAUGCAUGAUGGAACCAUCAGAGACUUGGCCUUCAUGGAGGGCCCAGAAAGUGGAGGAUCCAUACUGAUCAGUGCUGGGGCUGGAGACUGCAACAUUUACACCACAGACUGUCAGAGGGGACAGGGGUUGCAUGCUCUCAGUGGCCAUACAGGUCACAUUCUGUCUUUGUACACGUGGGGGGGCUGGAUGAUUGCCACUGGCUCCCAGGACAAGACUAUUCGCUUCUGGGACCUCAGGGUGCCUAGCUGUGUCAGAGUGGUGGGAACAGCCCUGCAUGGAUCUGGAAGUGCUGUGGCCUCGGUGGCGGUGGACCCCAGUGGGCGUCUCUUAGCGACGGGCCAGGAGGACAGCAGCUGCAUGCUGUACGACAUCCAGGGGGGCCGCAUGGUGCAGACAUACCGCCCUCACGACAGCGAUGUCCGCUCCGUCCGUUUCUCCCCCGGUGCCCACUACCUUCUGACGGGCUCCUACGACAACAAAGUCAUCGUCACUGACCUGCAAGGCGACCUGACCAAGCCGCUUCCUCGGACCUUGGCGGGGGAACACUCGGACAAAGUGAUCCAGUGUAGGUGGCACACGCAUGACCUCUCCUUCCUGUCCUCCUCUGCAGACCGGACAGUCACUCUGUGGUCACAAUGUGCCUGAUGUCUUGGCGGUCAUUUGGCGGAGCAAGAGGGGGGACACUGACCACAAGAAAGCACAACACAGUCUACCUGGAUCUCCCCAUGUCUUUUUCCCCUGUGUGUGUGUGUGUGUGUGUGUGUGUGUGUGUGGGGGGGGGGGGGGGGGGGGUGGGUGUGGGUGUUCACACAGUUUGUAUUUGCACUGGAUGUUACUGCUUUUAGCCAAUUUUAAGAAUUUGUGCCUCUUCGGAUGGCUGUUCAACUACUAGUUAUGUAAAUAGUUUAGAAGAAAAAACUUUGACUACACUAAGAAAAUGUUAAUAGCUAUUGCAAUGUUUGAAAUGUACUCAACAAACGCAUGUUAGCAUAGUGAACAUCUGCUUCAAGCACUUCAGUUUUUGGGGGAGGAUAGGAUAACACUUUCAAACUAGCUGUUUUAAACUGAUGCAAAAUAUGUGAUCUAGACCAUUUUAACCACAUUAUGUCAAUCAUCUGGUGCCUAAUAUUAAAAGCUUUAUCUUGAUAUGUUAUAUUUUGUAUCUCAGGUGUCCAGUCUUAACUGACACCGUUGUUUGUACACAUUUACUCAAUGUAAUUGUGGCUUUGUUGUUGUUGUUAGAUUGGUACGAAAUUAUAUGGAAUUCAUGUUGUCUGUCAUUUUUCAUUAACUGUCUAUAAUUUUAUGAGGAUUAUUUGAUCAAAAUUUGCUUUCGACUAUUUUUUCUUUUUUGGAAAACUACAAAAAUGCUGUUGGAUGAUAAAGUUGUGGAUGAUAAUGUUUUGAACAUGCAUACUUAUAUAUAGCAUAAUAUGAGAGUGAAUAAGAUGAUGUUGUAAAAGUGCACGUUUUACAAUCACUGCAGUGCAGAUUACAGAAUUUAAAUUGACCAUUGAAUGGCUUGGAGCUGUGUACAGUACAAUGUCAUCUUUGCAUGUACUGUUCAGUUUUAGCGUUGAGAGGCUACAAAGAUUGAACACAAAUAAUGUAAACAAGCUGAAACCAGGCUGUGUUAAAGCAGACCUGUAAUUUUACUGCAUUUCAGAGAUUUUAAGGUAAUAUGUGUGUUUUAAACUUAAACCUUUACUUUUGUUGUAAUUGUAAAGGUGCAAUAAAGGAAA